AGAAUGAGGUUAUAAAAGGAGCUUCAGUAAAGGAAAGCUGAACUCGUCCUCCGUUCUGAGACACAGACUGUUGUUUGUGAAUAAAUGCAGUUUAGCCAAAGAGCAGCAAGAGAAGGUGAACCACAGAGAGCAGAAAAAACACAAACAUAAGAAAGGCAGACUGACAGCAAGGAAGAGUCAACACUGACAAUCAAGAUGUGCCUGACACUGACUAUAACUCUACUCAUCAUUGUGGUUGUAAUAAUUUUGCUACCCUGGCUGAACAUCGUCACGCUGGCAGAUGUGUUCACAUCCGGGAGGAACCUUUCAAAGUUGGUAAUCCCAACAUUAGAUGAUAUGACGAUAUCAGGAGCUUUAACACUGACAGAUACAGUGUUUUUCAUAAGGUCAAACUCAAUGACAACAAUGUUCCUGGUUAUUGUCUCUGUCAUAUUUAGUUUGCACUGGUUCGACAUCAUUACUUUGACACGAUUCAUCCCCUCAGGAUUAAAUAAUACUAAAAUUUCAGGAGCAUUAGCAGUGACAAUCACAGUGUUUCUCACUCUGUUGAACUCACUGACAACAACUCUCUCAGUUGCUGUAAAUGUCAUGCUUUGGGUCCAUUGGCUGAACAUCGUCACGCUGGCAGAUGUGUUCACAGCAGGGAGGGAUAGUUUAAAGUUGGUAAUCCCAACAUUAGAUGAUAUGACGAUAUCGGGAGCUUUAACACUGACAGAUACAGUAUUUUUCAUCAUGUCAAACUCAAUGACAACAAUGUUCCUGGUUAUUGUCUCUGUCAUAUUUAGUUUGCACUGGUUCGACAUCAUUACUUUGACACGAUUCAUCCCCUCAGGAUUAAAUAAUCCUAACAUUUCAGGAGCAUUAGCAGUGACAAUCACAGUGUUUCUCACUCUGUCGAACUCACUGACAACAACUCUCUCAGUUGCUGUAAAUGUCAUGCUUUGGGUCCAUUGGCUGAACAUCGUCGCACUGACAGACGUAUUCAUGUCGUUCACCAUUGGAUCAAAAUACACAAAGACUUGCAUUGAUUCAAAGCCAGGAGCUAAACGACUGGCUGAAGUCGUUAAAGGAAAAAGCACUCUGCUUACAUCACAAACAGGCCAUCUCCCGCUUUACAAAAUUACACUGGAAGAAAAACAAAUCAGCAUUAAAGGGUGCAAAAGUUUCAGUUUUGGAGAGAAAUCCAUGAACUGUAACCGAAACAUCAUUCUUCUUGGAGCCAAAGGUGCUGGGAAGUCCACUGUCAUUAAUGCGAUGAUAAAUUACGUUCUAGGUGUUAGAUGGGAGGACUCUUUUCGGUUUAAGUUAGUGGACGAAAGUCAAACAAAAUCACAAGUUCACAAUCAGACACCAGAAAUCACCGUGUACAAACUCUACCACCAGGAGGGUUUCAGAGUAAAUUACUCACUGACUAUUGUGGACACUCCAGGCUUUGGAGACACCGGAGGCAUAGACAGAGACAAGGACAUCACAGAACAGCUGCGUAGCCUCUUCGCUGAUCAGGAAGGUGUCGGUGAAAUUGAUGCCGUGUGUUUUGUAGUUCAGGCCAAUAUAACUGAACUGACAUCAACACAAACAUACGUGUUUGAUUCAGCACUCUCAAUCUUUGGCAAAGAUGUAGCAGAAAACAUCAGGGUCCUGGUGACGUAUGCAGACGAGCAGCAGCAACCAGUUCUAGAAGCCAUCAGAGUGUCUGGUGUCCCAUGUCCUAAAAGUAAUGACGGUCUCCCAGUUCACUUCAGAUUUAAUAACUCAGUGCUGUUUGCUCACAACAAAUCCUCAGUGAUAAGACGCAUGAUUCGGCUCAACGAAGAGAAAACCUUUGAGUUUUGGAACAUGGGGACAAAGAGCAUGGCCGGUUUCUUUGCUAGUCUAAAUCACGUCAGAACCAUAAGGUUGACAAUGACCAAUGAGCUCCUGAAAGAAAGAAAGCAUCUGGAAAGUACAGCUGAGGAGCUGCAGAAGCAGGUUAAACUCGGCUUGGCCAAGCUGCAGGAUAUUAGGGAGACCAAUGAAAAACUCCAAGAGCACGAAGCAGAGAUCAGGAAAAAUGGGGACUUUGAGUUUCACGUCACUUUGAAAAAAGUUGAGCAAGUUGAUAUUUCUCACACUGGACAGUACAUCACCAACUGUCUGCAGUGUUAUGUUACCUGUCACUAUCCUUGUGGUAUACCUAAUGAUGAUGGUAAAAGAGGAUGUUCUGCAAUGGGGCAGGACGGUUACUGUAGAGUGUGUCCAGGGAAAUGUUUUUGGAAUGUGCAUUCUAACCAGAGGUUCAAAUGGGAAUAUCUAGAAAUUCAUGAAAAAAGAACAGUGAAGGAGCUGAAAGAAAAAUACGAGAAGGCCUGCGGGCAGAAGGUGACUUUGGAGGAGCUGAUUAAAAACCUGCUGUCUGAUUAUAAAUCUGUGCAGGAUGAUGUGAUGAAACUGAUCACAGAGGCUGCAAAGUGUCUGAACAGAAUGAAAGAGAUAAUCCUGAACCCAAAUCCCCUUACCACUCCAGAAUAUAUCGACAUGCUCAUUAAAGGAGAGCAACAGGAGACCAAACUGGGCUGGAAGGAACGAGUUCAGGCUCUGAUGAAAAUAAAAGAACAGGCAGAGAUCAUAGCUAAAGUAGAGAAGGGAGAGGAGAUUCUGGCUCAUCAGUGAUCUGCUGAUGCCUUCAGAACAAAUCUAAACUCAGACAUGAUAAACCAGCAACAGUUAAAUAUUUGCAAUAUUUCAAUAGUUCCUCUUUAUUGUUACAUUUUUCACUUGUUUCAUUCUGCUUUUAAUAAUAAUUUUAUAUUAUUUUGGUGUUGUUUUUUUUUCUUUUCUUUUUUUAUAUAUCUUGGAGACCGUUAAUGAUUCUGUGUACCAGCUUCCUGCAUGGGGUGGAAAUGUAUAUUUGUUCUGCUUCUAAUUCAUGCAAAUGGUACUGAUGUAAAAACACAUGAUAUGAACUGUUUUACUCUUUUCUGUGUUGUUGCAUGGAUGGAAAAAUGAAUGCAAUUUAUAGAAGAUAAAUUUUUAUUUCAAACACAGACAUCUUCUCCUCAUUAAAUCACAAAUUGAAUCUUU